AUGGUUAUGGAUCGCCUGCCUUCCGGCCUGGUUCUGAGCGGCGGGUCGCUCAUCUUCACCGAGGAUACGAUGCCGGAUUCCCUCCGGCGAGAGCACGCGCUGCCCGCUCAACAUUGGGCUGUGCUGCACGCCUUCGAGGGGAGCAUCGCCUUCGUGGACCUUCAGGCUGGCGCCGAACGAAUUAUCUCCGCGCCGGAUCACAUCAUCAUCCAUCCGGAAGUCCCUCACUUACUGAAAGAAGAAAGCUCCCUGCGCUGUCGGAUUGACUUCUUCCGGGAACCGGACCCUGACCUCCACAUGAGAACGCCCGGAGCUUUCGCGGAGGAGGCUGUGCGCGAUAGACUGGAGCGCUGCGAAGCCAACGGGAACUUUGCGGAGGUCUUCUAA